AUGCUGGCAAAUAAAAGGGACGGAGGUGAUCUUGCAGGAAGCUCAAAUGCGAAUAAAAGAACCAGGUCAUUUCUUUCAGGUGAUGACUUGUAUUGGUAUGCUAAUAAAGGCAUCUGGAGUGAACUGGGUGAAAAACGUGCUUUAAAGUUGUCAAAAAGUGUUGUCUCGCUUGCUUUAUCUGAUGGCCACACAGUGCUAUUUUCAUUCUCAGGCAUAGUUGUAGAAGAACUGAGGUGUGGUUAUAGGUUUCUGACUUCAGCAAGUUUGAUUAGAGCUUUAAAAGAACAUGAUGACCUGAAGAUUGAAGUGCGUCAUGAACAAAAUGUUGUCAUUGGAUUUCUGGAGGAAUAUGAUUUAGAUCAUGAAAUUGCUGUUGUCAAAAUCACAUCAUCCCUUAAUCUUAAUGCUGUGUUUCUCCAUAAUGUGUCCCACUAUCAACCCUAUAACGAUGUAGUAUCUCUAGGGCGUGACAUCUCUGGUAAGUUGUUGGCCACAACUGGGAAGCUGACUCCUAUUUCAAGCGGAUCAGAUCGUCGAUAUCUUAUGUUCUCUUCCUGUAAAUUAUCUGAGUUUAUGGAAGGGGGACCACUUUUUGAUUGUCAUGGGGCCUUCGUUGGCAUGAACCUUGUUCCGAGUAUGGAGAAAUCCUUUUUCUUGCCGGUGCAUUUGAUUUCCGAACGGUUGAAGCAUUUUGAGACAACUGAGGAAAGGGCUGUAUUUCUGGCACGGGUAAAUGAAUUGAAACCGGAGAGGGUUGGAGGAACACCCACAGAUAUACCGGACUCCCAUCCUAAAGUUGCUCCCGACAAGGAUCAUUAUCGGUAUCUUGAAGUUUUGGGUUAUCCCAGGCCAACUAAAAGUGGCAUGACUUUGGUUAAUACUUUUGAAGAGCCUUUUGGUGAUAUAUAUCAUCAUGGUGUCUGGAAGCAACUCAGUAGAGGAGUUAGUGAAAAGAUACAUCAUAGUGUUGUCACCCUCGCUUCAUUUAAGGGAGAUGAAAGAUUCUUUGCAUGCUCCGGAACUUUCAUUGACUGGGAUGGUAAAUUUCAAUAUAAUGGAUGUCAGAUUAUUCUGACUUCAGCAUGCUUGGUUAGGAAUCCUGAUUAUCCUUACGAUGAAGGAAACAAGAUUGUUGAUGGCUUGAGGAUUAAAGUGUCAAUACCAGGCAAGAAACGGAGAAAAGGGACCUUAAUACAUUGUAAUCUACAUUAUAAUGUGGCUCUAGUCAGUGUCAAGACAUCCAGUGCUGUCUCUCUUCCAGUUGUUAGACAUGCUAGGGAAAAUCUGUGUUCUAAGUUAGUAGUUGCUGUGGGGCGUUGCUUCAAAUCAGGUGAUUUAAUGGCUUCAAGUGGAGAACUGGCUCCCCACUGGUCUGGUCCUUUUGAUUUCAAAAGGCUUCUAUACUCUACAUGUAGAAUCAAAAAGGCUGGGAUUGGAGGGCCCCUUGUUGAUGCUGAAGGGAACUAUAUUGGCAUGAACUUCUAUGACCAAAAAGUGGGCAACCCGGUCCUGUUUUGUGAUGAUAUUGUUGAUAUCCUGGAUCGUUUUAAGAAAGGGACUGCUGCUGAACUUGACAAUGACCUGACUCGGUGGCCAGUGCCUUGGCCGAAAUGGCUUCGUCCAGGUGAUCGGAAUGGUCUUAUGGAAUGGGAACAGAGAAUCAUUGACAGUGGAUGCCCAUAUAACUACUCAGGUGGAGAUAUAUUUAUCGUGAAGUAG